AUGGAUUCCGAUUCUGAAAAUAUUAUAUCACCUACUAUGGCUUCUGAAACUCCGAUCCUUUCUCCUCCGCCUCCGGUAACAGCCAAUGACACCUACCAACAUGAUAUGUUUGAUCCAUACUUCAUGCAUCCGAGCGACAAUCCUAGUGUCACGUUGAACAAAUUAGGGUUUGUAAAUGGUUCUCUUCCUCGCCCUUCUGAUAUUGAUCGUCUUUCUAUUGCGUGGGAUCGUUGUAAUACUAUGUUGAUGUCUUGGAUGACGAAUUCUUCGGAGUCGGAUGCUCCAAGCGUGAUGUGGAUGGAUUAUGUGGCUGAAAUUUGGUCUGAACUGCGCGAACGAUAUCAUCAAGGAGAUGUGUUUCGUGUCUCAGAUUUGCAAGAAGAGAUUUACGGCAUCCGUCAAGGUGAUUCUUCGAUUACAUCUUAUUAA